AUGAAUCCAACAAACAUGGAUACUUCUGGUGAUAAGGAUGAUGAUGAGUUCAUUAGGAACUUGUGUCCACCUUUACCAGGUUGUAAAUUGUUUGACCAGAAAAUGCAAGAGGAGUUAAAGAAAUUAUGUGAAACUGGUGCGAAUGAUUUGCAUCUCAGACAUGCUAGGUCUUUGACCGAACAAUACAAUGUCACUUUGCCAUCAUGGUCUCCAUAUAAACAUGACAAAGAUGAACUCAGUGAAGAAGUUAUGACUGAACAUUCAAACCAGGAAAGGAAGACUGUUGGACUUAAGCUUCAAGACAUUGCCAAGAUUCUAGCAAAUCCAAAUCCAGAAGUGGGAGCAGACGCUACAAAUAAGAAAAAUAUUGAUGAUGGGAAAAAUAUAGCAACUAGUUCGCAUGAAGAAAUAACUCAAAAAGAUGUCGGUAGCUCUGAUGUUACUGAUUGUGCAGAGUCUUUGAAGCUAGAAACGGAUGUCUCUAACCUUGAUGAAAAAUUUGACAAGAAAAAGGAUGAAAAUGAGCAAAGGAAAAAGAAAAAAAGAAAAGAAAAUGAAUAUGUUCCUAAAUUAGUUCCUAUUGAGUGGAGUGAUCCAAGGAGCAAUCCUCAGUUUAUGAAAGAAUUAGAAGACUUCAUGAAUUGUGAUAAAUUUGACUUUGAACCUUCUGAAUCUGUGCAACCUCCAGAAUUAGACGACAUGGCUGAAAGUAUUUCUUUUCCUGUUUUGCCCAGAAACAUUUUAACAAUGCUAUCAGCCACAGAUGAAGAACUUGCUGAUUGGGAGUUUUCGAUAAAGACAGCACGAGAAGAAGUUGAUGAAGUUCAAAAUGAUUCUGACAUAGAAGAAAUGGAAAAAGAACUUAGACAAAUUAAAAGCUCUAAAAAAUUUAUUGAAUUAAAAAACCAGUCAUCAGAAAAACCACAUCAAUCACCAGUCAUAGAUGGGCCUGUAGAUGUCUCAGAAUUCCUGAAAGUUGCGAUGCCACCUGGUGUUGAGGAUAUUGUGGCUAAGCGCGAUGAUGAAGGAAAUAUCAUAACUUAUGAAGCAAUUCCAAGAAACGAAGAAGAGGUACUGAGGGAAUUUGAAAGGCUUCAUUUGGGAUUGGAGAGUGAUACUGAAGAGGAAGAUGCUGAAGAUGAUCCAACAGAUAAAAUGUAUGAAAUAGACUGGGAAAAGGAAAAAGUAAAAAUAAAAAGUAAUAAAAUGCUCGGUGGCCUUCAGGGAAAUAUCUCUGAAACUGAACUCAAUGAAAAUUUCAUAAGAAUACAAGAAUACAUGGAAACUUGUAGGAGUGAGGAAGCCACUGCAGUUAAGUCAGAAUUUGAAAAACAUGUAAAAAAGGUUAAUGAAAUGUUGGAUGACUUAGGCUUCCCUAAACAGAGAGAAAUUAAAGAAGACAGUCUUCAAGAAUUUUUAGAUGCCCAAUUAAAGAAUUGUAGUUUCAUUCUUGAAGCUCAUAAGAAUGAAAUUUGUGCUCCUGGAAAUCUGGUAACAGAGGUCAAACCUGGAGAUCCCGACUGUUCAUUUGAAAGUCAACAAGAAUUUGCCAAACCAGAGGAGAAGACUAUUAUUAAGAGGCCAUCACACUUAGUUAUGCAUAUUACCAAUGCUUCUUCAGAUAACGAAGAAGACGUUCAAGUUACUGAAACACCCCAUUCUAAAGUUGAGACAUUUAGUGAGCCAUGCGAAAAAGAUAAAUUAAAGCAAACACAGACUGACAAUGAUGGCGGAAUGGAAAGGUAUCUUUUUCAGAAAAUUAAAAUGGAAAAAGAUCUCAUCAAAAGGAAUUAUAGCAAAUAUGUUGAACAACAAAAAAAUGGAGCCAUGUGUAAUGAAUUUAAAACUGAAUAUUUUAAACGAGGAGGAACAUUGGAAGGUUUAGGUGAAAUACCAGUACCUGAUUACAGUUUGAAACUUGAAACCCUGGAAUCUUAUUCAGAAAAAUUUUUAACUUUCCCUUACAUCAGUGAACAUUCUGCAUUUUUCAAUUUAGUUGAAUUUCGUAGUCUUUUGGCACAACAUUACCCUCAGUUUUCUAAUGAAGCAUUCUGUGAUUUAUCCAAACCUUUUGACUUAUCAACACCUGAGUUGGAAAGUUCUUCAGAGUCAGAUGAUUCUGAUGAUGUACAAGUAAUUUUUAAACCAGAUCCAUUCACAACGGAAGAUGUGAUGGAGAAAAAGCCAACGAAUGAUAGUGAAAAUAAUAGUGAUUUACCAACUGCUGAUGAAGAUGAAAAGGUAGAUGAAGAUGAGCUUGUCAUGUCUUCUACUACUCCUAGAAACACAGCCAGACGAACUGCUUGCCCAAAAAAAAGAAGGAGACGUUGUUAUGCAUCUGAAACUUUAUCUUCAUCUGAGUCUGAGGACAAUUCAGAUGUACCUGAUGAAGUUGAUAAUAUUGUUACACAAUGGGCUCCUUUUGAAACAAAGCCUAUUCCUUCAGAAGAAGGCCUCAUUAAAAAUGCAGAAAGACUAAAAGAAAUAGUUUUUGUUAAACAUAAAAAAUUCAAAGUCCCUCGCAAGAUGAAAGCAUGGAUAGAUGGGAAAUAUGAACCUUCACGAGAUAAAAUAAGAAAGUGGAAAAAAUAUUUUAGUGAACAUUGUGGUGAUAAAGUGUCAAAUCUUAGAGAAAGAAUACCUCCAGAAUCAUUCGAGAAUUAUGAGUCAUACUUGGAAAAUACGGACCAAACACUCACAGAAGAUGACAUUCCUAUUCUAAUGUUUAAAAAAUUAGUAGAACAGAAAAAGGAGGGUGAAGAUGAAAAUGGCCGACCUGAAUCAAUUGUUGAUGAAGACAGUGUUCUGCAAUCUGAUAAUGGCGGACUUAAUGUUGCAGAGUAUGAUGAGAAUAAAUCACUAGAAAAAAAUGCAACUGGUUUAAAAUCAGAUGUUGAGGAGAAACCUAAUGAACCUGAAAUAGAAGUAAGAACAAAUGAAAUUUCUAAAAGAGAAGAAGAACUAGAAAAAAGAGUUGAAGAUUUGAAAAUAGAUGAAAGUGAUUUUGUUGAAAAAGAUCAUACUAUGACAAAGACUCAGGAAGAAACAGAGGCUCCGCUUCCUCCGAAAAUCCCUGUUCUUCGUUUGAGAGAUGUACCGAGGCCGUUGAGGAAAGAAGAAUGGGCUGAAGAGGUCAAUUCAAAUGCCAAGAUUGAGUUGGUGGGGACUCCUGCUAUGUCGUAUCCAUUUGAUUUGGAUGGCUUCCAGAAACAUGCUAUACAGGCCCUUGAAAAUGGCUACAAUGUGUUUGUCUCAGCUCACACCUCUGCUGGAAAGACUGUUGUUGCUGAAUAUGCAAUAGCGAUGUCUAAACGAAAUAGGAGCAAGGCUGUUUAUACAUCUCCGGUCAAAGCUCUGUCAAAUCAAAAGUAUGCUGAUUUUAAGCGCAUAUUUGGUUCUGUUGGCCUCAUAACUGGAGAUAUUCAAUUAAAUGAAAAUGCUGAAUGUUUGAUUAUGACUACAGAAAUCUUGAGAUCAAUGUUGUACAAUACAUCAGAGAAAAUACGCGAUUUGGAAUUUGUUGUUUUUGAUGAAGUUCAUUACAUUAACGAUCCAGAGAGAGGACAUGUUUGGGAAGAAGUACUGAUUCUUUUACCACCCCAGGUUCAAAUAGUUAUGUUGUCUGCAACCGUACCAAACACCCUUGAGUUCGCAAAUUGGGUUGGACGAACAAAACAACGAAAGGUAAUGGUUUGUGCGACACAUCACAGGCCAGUUCCUCUACAGCAUUACGUAUAUACAGGAACGGGUGGUCCGAGUCCAGGGGAUACUUACCUUGUCAAAGAUGGUGAUGGACCAUUUUUGGUGAAUGAGUAUGGAAAAGCUGAGAUGGCCAUGAAAGCAAAUCAAGAAAAGGAGCGUAAAAAUAGGAAAAAGCAGCAGUUAAAAAGAGCUGAAGAAGAAAAGGAGUGGAAAAGAGGAUCCAUUUCAAAGCCUAAACCCUUUUGUAAUCCUUCUGAUUCUCAGGAAAAAAGGGAUCAAACUCUGUGGAUUUCCGUUGUCUCUUUCCUUCAGAAUAGAGAUUGGCUACCUGCUGUCGUUUUUGUGUUUUCUAGAAAAAAAUGUGAUGUUUUUGCUGAUAGAUUGAGAACCAUUGAUCUUACAACAAAAUCAGAAAAAUCAUUUAUCCAUAGAUUUAUCAAAAGCCAAGUUGAAAAACUAGAUGAAGUAGAUCAAGACCUACCUCAGAUCAAAGUUAUGCAAAGUCAAUUGUUACAAGGUAUUGGUGUUCACCAUUCUGGCAUAUUACCUAUAAUGAAAGAGAUAGUAGAAGUCUUAUUUCAAGAAGGUAAAGUUAAGUUACUGUUUGCCACCGAAACGUUUGCCAUGGGUGUCAAUAUGCCUGCUAGAACUGUUCUAUUUCAUUCAAUAAGGAAAUUUGAUGGCACUGAGACAAGACUUCUUCACCCUGCAGAAUAUAUUCAGAUGGCUGGAAGAGCUGGUCGCCGCGGGAAGGAUUCAGCUGGAAAUGUCAUAAUUUUAGCUAAACCAGCCGAACUAAUUGCUCGCCAUGACUUGGAGACCCUAAUGUUUGGUAAUCCUUCCAAGUUGAUUUCAAAGUUUCGAUUGUCUUAUCGUAUGAUUUUGAAUACGUUGACCAUGAGCGGAAUGCUGACAGUUCAAAGCAUGAUGGCUAGUAGCUACUGUGAAAACCAGGGCCAGCUCAAAAAAAAAUUUGUGGAGAAAGAUUUAAUUGAAGCUGAACAGUUUGAAAGAACCCUUAAAAAAAAAGUGGGUAAUGAUGUCACUGAUAUUGAUGUGGACUACAUGACCAAAUUUUAUACUUAUGCCCAUGCAUUUAUCACCAAAUGGAAGGAUCUAAGGUUGCAGAUGAUUGUCAAUGGAAAAAUUUUGAAAGAGUUACAACCUGGAAGAUUGUUAAAAAUAUGUACUGGUCAGUAUAUAAAUCGAACAGCUCUACUAUUAGAAGUUAUACCUCACAAGGAACCUUUCAUCCGUUUUGUGUACAAAGUCAUGAUACUGGAUCAGGAUAUUCAAUACACAAGGGAUAUAACCUCAGUUGGAAUGGAAAUGGAUCAGGAACAGUUAGGAGAAUGGUAUCGGUUAGUAUCUCUCAUGGAUAACUUACCUUCAGAAAAGGACAUUCUUUGUGGCCCUAAUGAUUAUGUAGAAUUAGUUAUAAAACCUCAAGAAAUAGUCGCAGUCUGCAAAGAUACUUUAAAAUUACAGAAAAAUCAGAUACAAGAAUAUUUAAAUCAAUAUAGUUCUCGACAAGGUUUCAGAAACAAAAUAUCUGAAGCUGGAGACAAAAUAGCAAGUCAGUUAUGGGCAUCUAUUGGCAAAACGUCAGAAAUCAAUGAAACAAACCAAAGAUUUGAAAGUUUCGACCUUUGUCUUAGCGUUUCAGAAAUGUGGACGUUACUUGAUCAGUUCAAAAAGUAUCCGAUCGGAUAUAAUCCUCUUGUGCUCAACAGUUUCAAAAAAGUUUUUCGAUGGAAGCAGGCUGAAGAAAAAGUAAAAAUUCUUAGACAGUCUUUAUCUGAUGAAAAUAUGAUUCUUUAUCCUGAUUUUAAAAACAAAAAAGCAUUGUUAAAGGAGAAAGGGUAUAUUGACGAUUCAGAUACUGUUCAGAUUAAGGGAUAUAUGGCAGCACGUGUUGGAAAGUAUGAACUUGUUGUUUGUGAACUUCUUGUUGAAAAUAUUCUAGUCAAUAUGGAACCUGAAGAAGUGGCAGCACUACUUUCCUUCCUCGUAUGCCGAUCUAACAAUAGUGACCACUAUCCUACUUCCUUUAAAACUUUGACACCCUCACUUCAAGAAGGUAUCAAGAAGUGCCAAAAAAUAAUAAAAGAUGUAAUUUUACUUGAAAAGCAAUUUCAAAUUGAAGAUUAUGAAGGCUCAGAAACAAGUAAACUCAGUUUCGGUUUAGUUCCUAUAAUGUAUGCUUGGGUUAAACAAGAGCCAUUUAAAACUAUAAUGGAAAUGGAAGAAUUGCAAGAAUUUGAAUUCCAAGAGGGACUACUGGUUAGGUGGAUCCAACAAUUGCUAGAAACGUUAAAAGAAGUUGAAGCUGCUGCGAGAGUAAUGGGUGAUCCAGGUGUGCCUACUAAACUUCAAGCUGCUGGUCAGCGCAUAAAAAGAGGAAUAGUAUUCGCUCCUUCGCUAUACACUACCAUGCUAUAA